UGACAAGGAGGCAGAGGGAGGCUUUGAGACAGCGCUAGAACAGACAGUGAGCACAGAGAAAAUGGGGCUUUGGAGGAUAUAGAGAUAGAAGAUAGGCUGGGGAAAGCAGACAGAAGAAAAGUCAGUCAGACAGCAGAGAGAGAAUGAUCUUUGAGACACUGGGAAUGACACUUCAAGUGAAAGAGAGAGUCGACUAGACAGAGCACAUCAGAGUGCUCUCCUUCCAUCUCUAACUACUCCUCUUCUGUCCUGGUCCUGCCUGCUGCUGGGCUGUUAGUGUGUGUCAAGACUCCAUGAUGCCUCUCUCAGUGGCGGAGUCUGCAGUAAAUAUCUGAAACCCCAACUUCCUCUUCCUCUGCAGCCAACAUGUCCCAGCUGCUCCAUGUGGAGAUCCCAAACUUUGGAGCCACAGUUCUGGGCUCCCUUAAUGAGCAGCGCCUGCUGGGACACUACUGCGAUGUAUCCAUCCUGGUCAAAGGUCAGGCUUUCAAAGCCCACCGGGCCGUUUUGGCUGCCAGCAGCCUCUACUUUCGUGACCUCUUCAGCAGCUCAACCAAGAGCCAGUUUGAGUUGCCCUCCUCAGUCACACCUGCUUGCUUUGAGCAGAUCCUCACUUUCUGCUAUACAGGGAAGCUAUCAAUGGCAGCUAGUGAACAGCUGGUUGUCAUGUACACAGCUGGCUACCUCCAAAUUCAGCAUAUAGUUGAAAGAGGCAUGGACCUAAUGUUCAAGGCAAACUCACCUCACUGUGACUCGCAAACAGCAGGGUCUUUAGAGGAAACAGGAUCGGAGCCGCAGAGUCCUUGUAAUAAUGGUAACGGCCUAGCGGUGGCUGCCCUUUUGGGAACCCCGGGCUGGUCUCCAUCCUUACUCAUGCCACAACGUAAGAUUAAACUAGAAGGGGGUGACCCAACACCCCUGACAAUACCUUUGACGCAAAGCAAGAUUUCGUCUUCGGAGUUGGGGAGUCGGCUGGCGAGGGCCAGUUCACUGUUCUACACGACGGCUGGUGGGACCGCCAUCCCCGGUAUGCCUUCUUACCACGUUCAAGGUGCCGGUGGGGGUGGAGCAGGAGGAGGAGUUGAAAGGUCCAGUCCUGGAGCGUCCAGCCUGCCAACCACUGACAGUCCUACAUCCUACCAGAAUGAGGAUGAGGAGUUUGAGGAAGAGCCAUAUGAUGGGAUCACAGAGGAUGCCUACAGUCAUCUCUAUGCACGUUCAGCUAACCCCUACGGGAUCCAGGAUAAGCCAGAGAUGGCAGCGAUGCCCUUGGCCUUGGAGAGCCGCAACUGUGUGCUGAUCCGCAGGGACCUGGUGGCGCUGCCUGCAAGCCUCAUCAGCCAGAUAGGCUACCGCUGCCACCCUAAGCUCUACACUGAGGGGGACCCUGGGGAGAAGCUGGAAUUGGUAGCUGGUACACAGGUGUUCAUGACUCGAGGACAGCUGAUGAAUUGUCAUCUAUGUGCUGGUAUCAAACACAAAGUCUUGCUUCGCCGUCUGCUUGCCACAUUCUUUGAUAGGAACACUUUAGCCAAUAGCUGUGGGACAGGUAUCCGUUCUUCUACUAGUGACCCCAGUAGGAAACCCCUGGACAGCAGGGUCCUCAACGCUGUCAAACUCUACUGUCAAAAUUUCAACCCUAACUUCAAGGAGAGUGAAAUGAAUGUGAUUGCUGCUGACAUGUGCACAAAUGCGAGGCGUGUCCGCAAGCGGUGGUUGCCCAAGAUCAAGUCCAUGUUGCCUGAUAGCAUGGAGGUGUACCGUGCGGGAAUGGGCAUGGGUGCUGCUGUGGGUCUGGGCCUGGCACUGGGUGCCUCUCAACAGGGGGUUACCCUCCCCUUCGAGCCUGACUUCAAGGCUCUAGAGCCUAGGUUGUAUCCAGAUCGCAAGGACCCUCUCAGGACUCACCCACCGCUGACAGAGGGCAGCCCCGGGUCUGGGGCAGCUGGAGCAGAGGCUGAAGGUGAAGGAGUAGUCCAGGAGGAGAUGGAGGAAGAUGAGGAUGAAGCUGGGUUAGAAGGUGUAGACGGAUCACUGGGGGCGCCAACUUUGAUCCCAGGAGCUGAGGCAGGCAAUUGUGGUGACACGCCACCAGAGCAGGAAGUGGAAAAUUUUGGACAAGGUCUGAGGGUGAACGGACAGUGAUUGUCCUUUUGGGGCUGCCUCUCACAUUGUGAAAUCUGUUUAACAUUGCAUUUUCUUUUGCUUGCUCUCUUACUCUAACAUCUCGUCCACCACUCUUUCUUCUCCUCUGUGCUUCCUCAACAGGAAUUAUUCAGCACAAAAAUCUUGUAGAUCUUAUUAUACAGGCAUUUGUCACACAUGCAUGCGCACACGUGUGCUUGUGUACACGCAUACUCACCGUUAGUGGAAGUAGAUCUCUCAUAGUAGAAGUAGACACAGGCAUGGCAUUAGCACAUUAAGAAAAGCGACCCUUUCUGCUCCAUCCUUUUUCUUAGUAUAUCCAGUAUUUACAUGGGUAUUUAGGCACCCUCAGCAAUAUCACAAAGGCCUGAUAGCAAAACAAAUGGCUGGAAUGAUUCAUAAUUUCAGCGCAAUACAAAAGCUACUGCUGCUUUGCUGGCAUUUUUUGGAGUGUGGUAUAAUGGUAUGUAAAGUUAUUCUGUUUCCUUGGAAAGCCACAUCCGAGAAUAACCCAUGUCAACUUGGGAGAAAUAGAGAAACGAUCAAAAGAUCAGAGAAACGAAGCUCUGUUGAAAAGCAGCUUAUUUUGUUGUAUUUGUAUGAAUAAAAAGAUUGUAUUAUAAUUAAAGGUCAAGCAAUGCAUUACCACCAUUAAACAGAACAAUUUUCCUUUCUUAUAAAACAUUGGGUCAUUUUUAGGAUAAAAAAAGAGGAAAAGUUUUUUCUGCGAAAGCUACAAUGUUCUCCACAAUCCAACAAAUAAUCUAUCACAUGGAGUUGUGUUUUCAUGCAUAUUUGCCCGUGACAUGUCGAAUUAGAUUGUGAAUGUGAUGCCUGUGUCUGCUUCAGCCCGCCCCUCCCAACCACACACACACACACACACACACACACACACA